GUAUGCUAGGAGACGCUAUAGAACUUACUUAUAAUAUAAAAACAUUUAUUUUUGUGAAUCAUUUAUCUGUAUAUUUAUAAACAACAAAAAUGCUGAGAAACGCAACUUCAACGGUCUUCACAGGAAUGAAACAUAUUUUUACAAGACCAAUUUGUAGUCGUCCAAGGGUGGGCGUUAACGGAUUCGGCCGCAUAGGAAAAUGUCUCACGAGGCUAUCAUUCGAAAAUAACGUGGACAUCGUCGCGAUAAAUCAACCAUUCGUCGACGUGAAAUCGAUCGCAGACUCGUUGAAGUAUGACACGGUACACGGGCCGUUCGGAGAGAAAAUCGAAGUACACGACCAGAAGUUGAGAAUCAAGGGUCACGAUAUGAAAGUUUUCCACGAGGAGAACCCGGAAAAGAUCAAAUGGAGCGAUUUGCUCGUUGAUUACGUGAUUGACGCCACGGGUAAAUACACUGAAAAGGACCAAGCGAUGAAACAUGUAAAAGCGGGCGCGAAAAAAGUGAUCAUCUCGGCUCCGAGUAAAGACGCACCGAUGUUCGUCAGAGGCGUGAACUUUGACGUUUACGAUCAGUCGAUGAAAGUUGUGUCCAACUCUUCGUGCACGACCAAUUGCGCGGCGCUCGUGAUCAAAGUGAUUCACGACGGUUUUAACGUUCAAAGCUGUCUGUUAACCACGACGCAUGCUAUGACUGCGUCUCAGCCAUUGCACGACGGUCUGAAAAACAGAUCAGGACCGUUUAACAUCAUUCCCAGCACCACUGGGGCAGCAAAAGCAGUCGGAAAGGUGAUACCACAGCUUAAUGGCAAGGUCAAAGGAGACGCUGCUAGAGUUCCUGUUUUAGACGUGUCAUUAUUAAAACUCUACAUCAAUGUUGGCAACGAAGUGACCGUUGAAACAAUAACAAACGAGAUAAAAUGUCGCGCAGAGUCCGACCUGAAUGGUGUGCUGUCCUACACGGAUCAGAAACUAGUCAGCUCGGACCUUAUAGGGAGUACGUUCUCGGCCAUUGUAGACCUCAAUCAAAUUGAAGUGAUGGGUAAAAUGGUUGCGAUCGGCGUGUGGUACGACAACGAAAUAGGCUACUCAACUAGAGUAUUGGAUCUGCUGAAACACAUGGCGGUGAUCGAUCGGGAACGAAAAUGAUUCUGUUUGUCUUUUGGUUUUCGUUUGACGAUUUCCGAGAAAAAAAAUUAUUAAGUAUAUAGUGUUACCUUGAAUCGUGAUCAAACUGUAGAUUAUUAUGAAAUAAAACCCUCUUAUCCUAAACAAAAUAAACUUUUAUUAUUGUUCAAGGUAACUUGUACUUACUUCGAGUGGUGACAAAUAUUAAUUGCGAAGUACUUAUAAAUAUAAUGGUAUAUAAUUUAUGAUUCAUCGGUGUGAAUUUUCAUGAAUAUUUCAAUAUACUGGCAUAUUAUUCCUGUAGU